CCCCCGGGCGCCACGGGCUACCAGCGCCGCGGCUCCGUGCAGCUCUGGCAGUUCCUCAUGGGGCUGCUGGAGGACCCCCGCAACAGCGGCUGCAUCGCGUGGACGGGCCGGGGCAUGGAGUUCAAACUCGUCGAGCCGGAGGAGAAAACGUCACACCUCUUAUGGAAGCGAUGUGCGCUGCACCUACUCCAGCGCGACUACUUGUGGGUUGAAGUGCUGUGCGUCGUGUUGCAGGUGGCGAGGCGCUGGGGAGUGCAGAAGAACCGCCCUGCGAUGAACUACGACAAACUGAGCCGAUCGCUGCGAUACUACUACGAAAAGGGCAUCAUGCAAAAAGUGGCAGGCGAGAGGUACGUGUACAAGUUCGUGUGCGACCCGGACGCGCUGUUCAGCAUGGCGUACGCGGCGGGCGGCGGCGACGGCAACCCGCACCACCAGGCGGCGGCGGCGGCGGCGGCCGCGGCGGCGGCGGCGGCGGCGCACGCGGCAGAGUGCUCGCCCGUGGCGCCCUCCUCGGCCGCGUCGGCCGCGCCCGCCUCCUACGGCGACGUGCUCGUCAUGUACGGGGGCGCGGCGGCCGGCUACGGGCCCUUGCACCACCACUUCCAGCAGUACCUGGGGCGCGACGCGCCGGCGACCGCGCGCCUGCCCUGCCCGCAGCACUACGCGCCCGGGGCGGCGCACGCCCUGCCCGGCGAGCACGCCCUCGACGCCCACGGCUACGCUCGCGGGGGCGGCGGCGGGGUGGAGGACCUGUCCGUCGACGCCGCCGCCAAGAUGGCGGAGCGCAAGCUCCGGGCCGCCGCCGACGCCGCCGACAGCGCCACCAAGCUGCCCCCACCGCCGCCGCCGCCCCCGCCCGUGCACGCCGACGCCGGCCUCGCCAUGGACAACUGCGGCAUGGCCUGCGACACCCUGGGCCCGCAGCUCCUCGGCGGCGACCACGGCGCCAAGUUCGGCUCCCCGCAGCCGCACUUCUGCCUCGGCAUGGACAGCUGCAUGUGCUAG